AUGAUUGAAAAUGUGGGUGUGCUCCCUAAAGAGACGUUUAUCACAUCGGUAAAAAAGAUUCCAGAUGCUGCAUCAGGUCAUCGAAAUGUACUUGGCUCCGACUUGAUUGUUAUCGAUGAAAUACCAGCUAUGGCGAUCGUUCGCCAGAAACAUGCUCAACUUCAUGAAGUUGUUGGUUCGCUAUCGGACAAGAUCAGUGCUGUUCUCGCACAGCAAGAACGUGAUUUUUUGGCUGCCUAUCGUGCUCACAUGUACAAUGUGCAGAAAGAACUCUACGCUAUGCGCGAAAAGAUUCACCGCAAUGAGACGGUGGAGAACAAGUCUGAAAAGAUCAAAAAGAUUGAAGAUGAGCGCGACUGGUAUCGAAAUGAGGCACUACGUCUCGAUGCAUUUACAACAACAAUGACCAAAGAUUUAAAGACGAUGAAGGAAAAUUUAGAGUCGAUUGAAGAGGACCGAACUUGGCUUGAAAAGCAGUUGAAAGCAUGCAAGAAACAAAACAAAGUACUUCGCGCAGAACUGGAUGUGCGAGUCGCAGUGGCUGGCACUAGUUAUGGAUCAGAUAAUAGAGGAGGUGACUCUCCUUUCGAUUCACAACGUAGAAUAGGAGCCAAUUUACCAAAGCGUCGAAUUUCAAAGGAUUUCAGCACCGAAACAGCUUCAGUAUCCGAGGUUCAUGGAUUACCCCAAUUAACUUCAGAUGCGGUUCGUUCCGAAGAGAAGCUCAAAAAACAAAUUCGACACUUAAAACGCGAGCUACAGCAAAAAUCAAUUGAACUUAGCUCAAUCAUGCGGCAGCAUCAUCUUGUGAAAAGUGAAGUAAGAACUGGUCGAUCCCUUCUUGAAAGUUUCUUUUUGCUAUGUGUUGAGUCAGUGAAAGAGGAGGUGAGUCGACGACGUGAGAGGAGGUCACACACUAAACAACGAGAUAGUCAAUUGAUGACAAGCAAAGCUCAUGACUCAAAACAUGGCGUCGAACUGACUGAAUUCACAUCUCAAGAUCGUGUACGGGUCAUCGAGCGCUUGUUGGCUCAUGACGAAGUGCUAACAUUCUUGCACAGUCAUCUAUUUCCAUCUGAAUUGCCAACAACAGCAAAAACAGACACAUCUUCUAUAGAAACAAACAGGAGCUCAAGGUCUUCCGGAAGCGAGAUAGAUAAAGUAAAAGCCUCGUUACCGACUUUACAAAUCUCAGCAAGUCUUCCAGACACCUCGAAAUCAUUCUCAAUAAUUGACGGCAACACACCAGAUAAAGAUGACGAAAUAGAAUGGAUUGACGAGGAAGAAGUCGAAGAGGACGAAGUUUUCAUUAGGUCAGCCACUCGCAACAGUUUGCCUCUUGACCGCUUCACGAAGAAAUACUUAACAUCCAUAAAAACUGCAUUUAUCGAAUAG